AUGUCUUCUAAUAUCUUAAUGGAAAAUGAAGGCCGCAAGAUCAAAACCUUUACUCUUCUUUACCUACAUGAAUUAUUGCAUCUCGAAAUUGAUAGCAAGCUUAUUGAAAGAAAACGACAAGAUACAUUAGAAAUAUGCAGAAUUUUUAACGAAGAAAAUAAAUAUCUGCAAAGUAACUAUGCAAGUGAAUUGGAUAUUAACAAACAUAACAAAACUAAUCAAAGAAUUAAGAGAAGCGUUAGUAAAAAUCAAGUUACUAGCUCUUCCUUAAAUAAAGAAGAUGUAGCAAGAGUAGAAAACAUAGUUGACAAAUUAUACGAUGACUUAGAGCAAAGCGGUACAGUUGCUUAUAGACGAAGAAUCGUAGAAAAUAGGCCCAAAAAUAAUGUGUCAAAUAGUACCAUACAAAGACGUUUUAAUUUUGCGCCUGCGCGACUAUUUGGACCUCUACCAAUACAGGAAAAAGAAAUAAAAUUACAAUCAGGCUUGCCCAAAAUAUCCUGGAUAAAAAAGUGGACACAUGGAAUUAUACCAUUUUAUAUAGAUUCUAAUACUUAUGAUUCCCUUCUAGCAGGGACUAUUAUAAAAGCUUUUGAUUAUUUCGAGAAGGUAACAUGCAUUCGGCUGCAACGCCUUCGUGAACGUCCGACAGAUAAGCGAUCGUUGCAAAGCGUAGAGUGGUUGUAUAUCACCAAUCCUUCUGGAAUACGUCAAUGUGUCCAUAGCAACGAACGUAAGCCUAACACUGGCGUUCAGAUGAUGGUUCUCGGUUAUGAUUGCUUAUCACAAGGAGAAAUUGUACAUGAAGUUAUGCAUGUUUUGGGUUUCUCCCAUGAACAUACUCGUCCAGAUAGAGAUCGAUAUGUGACUAUAAUGUGGAACAAUAUUAAAUCUGGUUACAAAAAAUAUUUUGAGGUAAGAGAAGUCGAUCCUUUAUCGAAUCUACCCUAUGACUUUGCGAGCGUACUUCAUUAUCCGCCGCGGGCAUUUUCCAAAAAUGGACAACUAACAAUUAUGACUGAGAACACUUGUCCAAGUGUAGUUAAAUUCAAUACAAAAUCAAAGGAAGUAACAGCAAAAGAAAUAGAGGACUAUUACAAAGAUAGAGUGUGGCCAUAUGGAGUCGUAAAUUAUAAAAUAAAAGAUGAAAUGGAAUUUACCGCUGAAGAAAGAGAAAAUAUUAAAGCUGUUUUGAGUCACAUUGAGAAAGAGACGUGCAUUGAAUUUAGAGAUAUCAGUGUUGCUGAAGAAAAUUCUAAAGAGGAAGAAAAUAAUAAAGAUGAUUAUGAUGAACCAAAUGAUGACGAAGAUAAAAAUAAUCGGAAUAAUACGAUAAAAGUAGUGCCUAAAAUGAAGGAUAAUAAUAGCAAUGUAACCAGUGCAAGUGACGUAGAUAAUGAAAUAAUACCCACAGAAAAACCUGACGAUUCAAUCACUGAAGAAUCAGCGAACGAAAAUAUUAAAGAUGAAAACGAUGGUAACAAAAAUUUAUCUUUGAGAUUUAGCAAGAGUAAGAGAAGACGACAUACCCCGGUAGUAAAUACAGAAAAAAGCACGGUAUAUACAAAAAAAAUCAGGAUUAGCUUAGUACCUUUGUCUCCUUCGAGACGACAUGCAGUUAACGUGUUUGAGUUUGUGAGGUCUUCCAAACCGGGCUGUGAGUGCCCACCUCCUGGCCGUCCGCAGGGAAACAAAGUGCUUACUAUCAAUUCAGAUUGUUUCAAUUCAGCAAAUGAUCUUCUACACUUAUUCGUACAUAUUUUGGGUUUGGAUCAUCAACACAACAUGCACGAUAGAGACUCCUAUCUGCAUAUAUUGUGGCAAAAUUUAACUGCAGAAAUAAAAGAAGAAAUGCAGAAGACACUGCCACCGGCAGCAUCAGCAGGUUUUGCGUAUGAUUACCAAAGUGUUAUGCAUUACCCCUGGCUUCAGAUUAAAGAUGGAGUCACUAAUGUUAUGUAUCCUAUUUGGAACGAUGGCUGGGCAAUGGGGCAUUGGCAAGGACUUAGCUGGACUGAUGUACAGAAACUAAAUACUAUAUAUAAAGACGAAUGUGGAAAACGAAAAAGUGAAUCUCAA